UGUGUGUGUGUGUGUUUGGCGGAAGAGCGCGGAGAAGAAGAUGGCAGACGGAGCUGUCGUGGAUGGAGACAAACUCAGCAAAAAGGCGUUCGCAUCAUGUUGACUCUGGUCAGAAUAUGCAGGCUGCAAGCGUUCAGGGCGCAGACGUUUGCUCUUCCCAGUUCACAAAGCCUGCCUUUGCUUAUUCAAGGGAGUCGCUGGAGAAGUGACAAAAGUGAGUUGAAAAGGCGCAUGAAAGCUGAGAAGAAGGCAGCUGAGAAGGAAGCCAAGGUCAAAGAACAGCAGGAACAGGAGACCAAUGACAAGCCACAGCAAAAUGCAUUUGGGGCCGAUGAGGAAACCCUGGACCCAAAUCAAUACUUCAAGAUCCGUUCACAAGCCAUUCAAGCCUUGAAGGGAACAGCUGAAGACCCGUACCCUCACAAGUUCAAUGUGGACUUGUCGCUUAUGGAGUUCAUUGAGCGAUAUAGCCACCUUCAGCCAGGGGACCACUUGACUGAUGUUGUCCUCAAUUUAUCAGGUCGUGUCCACGCUAAGAGGGCUUCGGGUGCCAAGCUGCUGUUCUAUGACCUGCGAGGAGAAGGGGUCAAGCUGCAGGUCAUGGCCAACUCCAGGAACUACAAAUCAGAAGAAGAUUUUGUGCACAUUAACAACAAAUUAAGGCGCGGGGACAUCAUUGGUGUCCGGGGGAACCCUGGCAAGACAAAGAAGGGCGAGUUGAGCAUCCUCCCAGUGGAGAUGACGCUGUUGUCUCCGUGCCUUCAUAUGCUUCCCCACCUUCACUUCGGCCUGAAAGACAAGGAAACCAGGUUCCGACAGCGAUAUCUGGACCUGAUUCUUAAUGACACCGUGCGACAGAAGUUUGUUACCCGUUCCAAGAUUAUCACUUAUCUCCGCAGUUUUCUGGACCAGCUUGGGUUUCUUGAGAUUGAAACACCAAUGAUGAAUCUGAUACCUGGUGGAGCUGUAGCAAAACCUUUUAUCACCCACCACAAUGAGCUCAAUAUGAACCUCUAUAUGAGAAUUGCUCCUGAGCUUUACCAUAAGAUGCUGGUAGUCGGUGGAAUCGACCGUGUGUAUGAGAUCGGGCGUCAGUUCCGUAAUGAAGGCAUCGAUCUCACCCACAACCCUGAGUUCACCACAUGCGAGUUCUACAUGGCUUAUGCGGACUAUCAUGACCUGAUGGAAAUCACAGAGAAGCUUCUCUCAGGAAUGGUGAAGCACAUUACCGGAGGCUAUAAGGUGACGUAUCAUCCUGAUGGUCCAGAAGGACAGGCCCAAGAAAUAGACUUCACUCCUCCCUUCAGACGGAUCAGCAUGACUCGAGACCUGGAGAAGGAAUUGGGAGUGAAGUUUCCAGCUCCUGACACCUACGACAGUGAUGAAACACGCAAAUUCUUAGACGACCUUUGUGCUCAGAAAGAAGUUGAAUGCCCUCCUCCUAGGACGACUGCUCGUCUUCUUGAUAAGUUGGUGGGAGACUACCUGGAGGUGAAGUGCAUGAACCCAACAUUCAUCUGUGAUCAUCCACAGAUCAUGAGUCCUCUAGCAAAAGGGCACAGAUCACAGAAAGGUCUGACUGAGCGCUUUGAACUCUUUGUGAUGAAGAAGGAGAUCUGCAAUGCCUACACAGAGUUGAACGAUCCUGUCAGACAACGAGAACUGUUCGAGCAGCAGGCUAAGGCCAAGGCAGAAGGUGACGAUGAGGCGAUGUUCAUUGAUGAGACCUUCUGCACUGCCUUGGAGUACGGGCUUCCACCCACGGCAGGAUGGGGCAUGGGCAUCGACCGGCUCACCAUGUUCCUCACAGACUCCAACAACAUCAAGGAGGUGCUUCUCUUCCCUGCUAUGAAACCUGAAGAUAAUAAAGCAGCUUCACCUGCAGAGGGCACAUCAGUGUAACUCUGAGGAAAACACACCUGAGGAUUUCAUCCAUCUCUGGAUUUCUUGAUUCAGCCUGAACUGUCCAAUUUAUUG